GUGUCGCUUCUCUCUUCAAUAUCUCUAAAUCCCAAACGAGACGGGUUUAAGUUAGGGUUUCAAAUUUCGCUCUGCAGCUACUGCCGGCCAUGGCUAAACCAAGCAGAGGCCGUCGUUCGCCGCCGUCGGGUUCGGGAUCCUCACGUUCCCGCUCAUACUCCGGCUCUGGUUCCCGCUCCAGCUCCCGCUCGCGCUCCAGGUCUGCAUCUGUGUCCCGCUCCCGCUCUCGUUCCAGGUCCAUUUCCUCGUCUUCGUCUCUAUCUCGAAGCGGUUCUUCUCGAAGCCGAAGCCCCGCUCCUCAAAGAAAGAGUCCGAAUGAAACAGCUCGGCGGACUCGCGCUUCACCUCCACCAGCUAAACGAAUUUCUCCGCCACCCAGGAAACCAUCUCCUGUACGCGAGUCACUUGUUCUUCACAUUGAUGCACUGAGUAGGAAUGUCCAUGAGGGUCAUUUAAAAGAAAUCUUCAGUAAUUUUGGUGAAGUAGUCCAUGUUGAGCUGGCAAUGGAUCGCACAGUCAACCUUCCUAAAGGAUAUGGAUAUGUUGAAUUCAAAACAAGACCUGAUGCUGAAAAAGCCCAAUUGCAUAUGGAUGGUGCCCAAAUUGAUGGGAAUGUUAUUCGAACAAGAUUUACAUUGCCUCAAAGACAGAAGAUCCCAACACCUCCAAGGACUGUAGCAACCGCUCCAAAGAGAGAUGGUCCUAAGCCUGAAAAUGUUGGUGCUGAUGCUGAGAAGAAUGACAUGAAAAGACAGAGAGAACCUUCACCUCGUCGAAAGCCUCCUUCUCCUAGAAGACGCUCGCCUAUUGCUCGACGAGGUGGGUCUCCUAGAAGACAACCCGAUUCUCCUCGCCGCCGUCCAGAGUCUCCUCCGCGUCGCCGCUUAGAAUCUCCCCCUAGAAGGAGGCCUGCAUCACCCAUGAGAGGUUGCCGUUCUCCAUCGCCUUUGGCAAGGCGACAUAGAUCUCCUCCAAGGCCCUCUCCAAGAAGAAUUCGUGACAGUCCUGUUCGAAGACGUUCACCACCCCCUCCUAGGCGCCGUACACCGCCUCGACGUGCUCGUAGUCCUCCCAGAAGGUCUCCAGUAGUUCGCAGAAGGAGCCGUUCACCUAUUAGAAGACCAGCUCGAUCACGUUCCCGAUCAUCUUCACCACGGAGAGGUCGGCCUGCAGCCGCUGGUAGACGUGGGAGAUCACCGUCCUACUCUGCAUCACCUAGUCCACGCAAGGUGCCCAGGAGAGUAUCUCGCAGUCCAAGAAGGCCUUUAAGAGGGAGAAGCAGCAGCAGGAGCAGUAGCAGUAGUUCUCCACCCCGCAAGCCAUAAGAACUCUACACAUCUUGCGCCUUCUCACUCCCUAAUUCUCUCUUGUUCUAUCUGUGUAUUCCAAAAGACGCGACAGUUUUUUCCCCACACCUGGUGAAGAGCCGAGCCUUCUUGUAGUGAAAAUAUUUGUGGAUUAAAUGCCAUUUUGGGCUUGUCAGCAGUAGUUAGUUUCCUGUCACUAUUGAAUCAAACAUUUUGAUAUCCUUUCUUCUAACUGCACUCUGUAGUAUUAUUACAUUUCUUCUACUAUACAAAGGCCCAGACGUCGAGUUCUCCCUUUUCUUA